AUGGUCUUUGAUUACCCCGUUUUUGAGAGGGAUGAAAGCGUUGUGGAUGACUUUUUUGGAACUAAGGUCUACGAUCCUUAUCGUUGGCUUGAAAAUCCUGAUAGCUACAAAACUAAGCAAUUUGUUCAAGCACAAAAUAACAUUACAAUGCCUUAUCUUGACUCUUGUCCAUACAGAAAUGAAGUCAAAUCCAAAAUAACGGAUCUAUGGAACUAUGGAAAAUAUCAAUGUGUUAUUCGGCGUGGUUCAAAAUACUUUUACUUCUAUAAUUCGGGCUUGCAAAAUCAAAGUGUGUUAUUUAUGACAGACGAUUUGAGCAAACGUGGCCAUGUAUUCUUUGACCCGAAUACGCUUUCUGAAGAUGGACUAAUUUCACUAAAUACAUUUGGUUUUUCUAAAGACGGUGAAUAUUUUGCUUACGGGUUAAGCAAUGCCGGUUCUGACUGGGUCACAAUAUAUGUUAAAAAAGUUGCAACUGGUGAAGAUUUGGAAGAUAAAUUGGAGAAAGUGAAAUUCACUGACGACAUCAAGUGGACUGUUGAUGGAAAAGGUUUCUUCUACGGGUGUUAUCCCAACGCUUCGACUAAUGCUGAUGGCACAGAAACUGAUACUAACUUUAAUCAAAAGCUGAUGUACCACUAUUUGGGUCGUCCUCAAUCUGAGGAUAUAAUCUGCGUUGAAUGGCCAGAGCAUCCAAAUUGGUCGAGUGAAGCGAAUGUUAGUGAUUGUGGUCGAUAUGUCUUUAUAACUGUCCUAGAGGGUUGUGAACGCAAUACCCUUCUUUAUUAUUCGGACAUGGAAGAAAUUAAUCGCAAAAUAACUGGUAAAUUAACAUUGAUCCCUAUUGUGGAUUCGUUUGAAGCGGUUUUCGAUUUCAUUACUGUUGAUGGUAGUAGCGUUGUUAUUCGAACUGACCUGGGUGCUCCAAUGUUUAAACUAAUUGUUGUUGAUCUUAAUAAUUCUACUCGUGAGAAUUGGAAGGAUCUAAUUCCACAUGAUGAGUCUUGUCUUCUUGAAUGGGCCGUAUGUGUCAAUGAAAAGGAUCUUGUUGUUUGCUCUAUGAAGGAUGUUUGUCAUAACCUAUCAGUUCAUGACUUGGAGUCAGGCAAGAGGAAACGUAAUAUACCUGUUGAUAUUGGUUCGAUUUCCGCCUUUUCAGGUAGAAAAGAAGAUACUUCGAUUUUCUUCCAAUUCACUUCUUUCUUUACUCCUGGCAUUGUUUACUCCUAUGAUUUAACUGAUCCUGAUGCAAAACCAAGGGUUUGUUUGCAACCUCAAAUUGCCUCGUUUAUUCUGCAUGUUUUUUUUUAUGAAACUACUAAGGGUAAAUUUUUUAUUUGA